CGGCUUAUAAGUAUGUGACGUCACGACUGACCCGACACAUCUUUGUCAGUGAACAAAAUGGCAACCUACUGUCUCACUGUCGCCCGGCUUCAGCUGGCUCUGGGCCAUGGUGCACGCCGCCUGCAUGUAUCGGCAGCUUACAGAGCCAAGGCCCAAGUGUCCAUGAGCCGCUUCGAGCCAACUUCCUUCGUCAACUACGAGAAGCUCCAAUCGAACAUCGACAUUGUGCGAAAAAGACUCAACCGGCCUCUCACUCUGUCAGAGAAGAUCGUGUAUGGCCACCUCGAUGAUCCCCACAACCAGGAUAUUGAUCGUGGUCGCACCUACCUGCGGUUGCGUCCUGACCGUGUGGCCAUGCAGGACGCCACAGCCCAGAUGGCGAUGCUCCAGUUUAUCAGCAGCGGCCUGCCAAAGGUUGCCGUACCCUCCACCAUCCACUGUGAUCACUUGAUCGAGGCCCAGACCGGAGGAGUGAAGGAUCUGGCUAGGGCGAAGGAAGUCAACCAAGAAGUCUACAACUUCCUGUCAAGUGCUGGUGCAAAAUAUGGAGUUGGCUUCUGGAGACCAGGCUCUGGGAUCAUCCAUCAGAUCAUCCUAGAGAACUACGCCUACCCUGGGGUGAUGCUAAUUGGCACAGAUUCCCACACACCAAACGGUGGUGGACUUGGUGCUAUCUGCAUUGGAGUCGGAGGAGCUGAUGCUGUAGAUGUCAUGGCAGGAAUCCCCUGGGAGCUUAAGUGUCCAAAGGUGAUCGGGGUGAAGCUGACAGGCACUCUGUCUGGCUGGACGUCUCCCAAGGAUAUCAUCUUGAAGGUGGCCGGCAUCCUGACGGUUAAGGGAGGCACUGGAGCUAUUGUAGAGUACCAUGGACCAGGAGUCGACUCCAUUUCCUGCACUGGAAUGGCCACCAUCUGUAACAUGGGAGCAGAGAUCGGAGCCACAACCUCAGUGUUCCCCUACAACCAUCGCAUGAAGACCUACCUGGAGAAGACUGGACGUGGACAGAUUGCCGCCCUGGCUGAUGAAUACGCAGACAUACUGGUGCCGGACAAAGGCUGCGAGUAUGACCAGGUCAUCGAGCUCAAUCUGGACGAGCUGAAGCCCCAUAUUAACGGACCAUUCACCCCUGACCUGGCUCACCCAGUGUCUGAAGUCGGUGCUGUGGCUGAGAAGAGCGGUUGGCCACUGGAGGUUAAAGUUGGUCUGAUUGGCAGCUGCACCAACUCCAGCUACGAGGACAUGGGCCGCGCCGCCUCUGUGGCCAAGCAGGCUUUGGAUAAAGGCCUGAAGUGUAAAGCUCAGUUCACCGUCACCCCCGGCUCCGAGCAGAUUCGCGCCACCAUCGAAAGAGAUGGAUACUCAAAGAUCCUGGGCGAUGUUGGAGGUGUGGUCCUGGCCAACGCAUGUGGACCCUGCAUUGGACAGUGGGACAGGCAAGAUGUGAAGAAGGGAGAGAAGAACACAAUCGUCACCUCCUUCAACAGAAACUUCACUGCCAGGAACGAUGCUAACCCUGCAACACACGCCUUUGUUACCUCCCCUGAGAUUGUCACUGCCCUGGCCAUCGCUGGCACGCUAAACUUCAACCCAGAGACAGACUUCCUUACAGCCCCCAAUGGUGAGAAAUUCAAGCUGGACCCCCCCAAUGGAGAUGAACUGCCUUCCAGAGACUUUGACCCGGGCCAGGACACCUACCAGCAUCCUCCCGCUGACGGCAGCAGCCUGAGGGUGGACGUCAGCCCUCAGAGCAACCGUCUGCAGCUGCUGGAGCCCUUUGACAAAUGGAGCGGAAAGGAUCUGGAGAACCUGCAGGUCCUCAUCAAGGUGAAAGGCAAAUGCACCACAGACCACAUCAGCGCUGCCGGGCCUUGGCUGAAGUUCCGCGGUCACCUGGAUAACAUCUCCAACAACAUGCUGAUCGGUGCGGUCAACAGCGAGAAUGAUGCCGUGAACAAGGUGAAGAACUACCUGACAGGAGAGUACGGAGGAGUGCCUGAUGUGGCCCGGCACUACAAGGCUAACAGUGUCUCAUGGGUUGUGGUUGGAGACGACAACUACGGCGAGGGCUCCAGCAGAGAGCACGCGGCGCUGGAGCCCAGGCAUCUGGGAGGCAGAGCCAUCAUUGUGAAGAGCUUCGCCAGAAUCCAUGAAACUAACCUGAAGAAGCAGGGUCUGCUGCCUCUGACCUUCAGCAACCCAUCAGACUACGAUAAGAUCCGCCCCGAUGACAAGAUCUCCAUCAAAGGACUCGAAAGCUUCACUCCAGGAAAGCCUCUGACUGCAGUCGUGAAGCACAGCGACGGCAGCUCGGAUACCCUGGAACUCAACCACAGCUUCAACGAGACACAGAUCGAAUGGUUCCAGGCAGGCUCCGCCCUCAACAGGAUGAAGUCGCUGCAGAAAUGAGGAAAGAGGGAAAACGUGGAGGAAGAGGAGGAUUUUCAGGGAGGAAACAGGGUGUUAGGGAUUGUGGGAAAGAAGGAGGAUGAAGAAUGUCAACAAUUGCUCCAUCAUCUGCAUUAGCAUACAGUUUGGACUGAAGUAAUGUGUCGGUAUACCUCUAAGAGUUCAGCGUUGUCAGUAGGUUACUUCAGACUAAGUGCCAAGCUAAUGUCGAUGAUGGAGCAACAGCAACCGGUCUGUGGUCAGAUAUCUCUAAAAACCUUCAUUCGUCACAGCGCAGUGUUUCCCUGAAGGUACCGUACGCUGCUAUGUUUCAAAGUACAACAGUGAUAAACAGGUGAAGAUAAGAAUCUGUGCUGUAAAAACAAAGGGGUCACACACACACACACACACACACUCACUCCGAAACACUAAGCUUUGACCCAAGCGGUGACGUAGUACCCUGCCAGCUGAUGUGCUGCCAGUGUGUUUGCAGUCGUUCCAACAGGUCAGUACAGCGUGGAAGCCACUUCACACUGGAGCGCAGCCAGCUGAUGGCACUCAGUCUCCUUGUCGCUUUUAGGAUUGUGUUGCACACUGCAUGGCAAUAAUCAGCUUUACUCAACCUGCACCAGUGCUAUUUAAAGUCCACCCUGGAACAGGUAAACAGCGUCUUUUGGUUUCAUCUCUGGGUCUAUUUGUUGCUCGUUGUAGUUGCAAAGAUCACAUACUGUACUUGUUGUUAGCCUGUCCGCCCCCUUGUGGCCAUGAGGAGGUACUGUCGUGUCUACGAUACAUAGAAACCAUGCCCACUCCCAAAGCAACACCUCAUCCGUUAACGGUCUUUAUAGAUUGUUUCAAGGUUUUCUGGGAAAUGUAGGAAAUCCUGCAAGUACAUGAGGAAGUGGAUUCACUGUAAAAUUAAAUUAAUCAACUUCUGAGAUCCAUUUAACAUCAUCUAGGGGUCGUUUUUGUAAUCAUGUCCUGUAUAUGUGCAGUACGUUGUCAUCCAUCGCAGCACAUAUUGUCCAAGAUCACAUUUCCUAAUAUAUAAAGGUACUUGUAUUCUUUAAUACUGUGUAAGAAUACAGUAGCUCACCCUCUUCUUCCCUGCCGCCAUCACCACUGACAUUAAACUUCCCUUCCUCUCUCCUUCCCUAUCAACCUUAACCUUCACAAGGUCAAACACACCAUAUGGUUUCUCCCUUUUGUUUAUAUAUUUAUAUUUUUUUGCUGCAAAAGGUUCAGAUUCUGUGUGCAUUUUCAUUUUCUUCAUGCACAGGGUUAACUUCAUCUAGUAUUUCAUGCCCUUUUUUGUAGGGUAACAAGUCAAUUUUUGUGUUACUUUUGCCCAACAAAAAUGAAAUUGUAUUUAAGAAAAGGAAAGACUUGAAAGCAGAUUUUAGACUGUAAGUUACCACUCGAUCAGAAACAAUGACUUUUUUGUCCUCAUGUCUAUAUUCACUCCCUCUGUCCCUGCAGACAAAAUGCAGUUUUCAUCAAGACCUUAAUCAGAUGAAGCGAAGUCAUAUUAAAUCUAAAGCUUAAACCAAUCUCUUCCUCUAACCCACUGUAUAUGAAGUGUCUGGUUCCAUGUACAUUUAAGUGUUUGUGUUUUUUUUUCUCCCAGAUCAUCUCUUCUGUAUUACAGAAAUGCCAAUGGGUUGUAAAAUAAAACUUCACAGAUCUCAUUUAUUUA